GCUUGCAAGAUCCACGGGGUCGCACUCCGCGGUUAGAGGCCGAGGUGACGCCGGCUGGGGCCAGAGAGCUAGGAAGCACCCCGCCGACUGCCUGGGAAGGACACCAGCCUCCGUGGUUGGGGUAGAGGGUGCUGUGCAGGACUAAGAAAUGAGAAAAAUACCAAAUCAUGGGACCCUGCGGAUGACGAAGGUGGCAUACCCCCUGGGACUGUGCUUGGGCCUAUUCAUCUACGUCGUCUACAUCAAGUGGCACCGGGCCUCUGCCACCCAGGCCUUUUUCACUAUCGCUGGGGCAGCCUCAGGGGCCCGAUGGGGACAGCAGGCCCGCAACUCACUAGGAUCAGCUAUACGUGGUCAUGAGGUCUUCUACGGGAUCAUGUUUGAUGCCGGAAGCACUGGCACCCGCGUGCAUGUCUUCCAAUUUGCUCAGCCUCCUGGAGAAACCCCCACCUUGACCCAUGAAACCUUCAAAGCACUGAAGCCCGGUCUUUCCGCUUAUGCUGACGACGUUGAAAAGAGUGCUCAGGGAAUUCAGGAACUGCUGGAUGUUGCUAAACAAGAGAUUCCAUUCGACUUCUGGAAGGUCACCCCUCUGGUCCUCAAGGCCACAGCUGGUUUGCGUCUGUUACCAGGAGAAAAGGCCCAUAAGUUAUUGCAAAAGGUGAAAGAGGUGUUUAAGGCAUCACCUUUCCUGGUAGGGGAUGACUGUGUUUCCAUCAUGAACGGAACGGACGAAGGCGUAUCAGCAUGGAUCACUGUCAACUUCCUAACAGGCAGUUUGAAAACCCCAGGAAGGAGCAGUGUGGGCAUGCUGGAUUUGGGCGGAGGAUCCACUCAGAUCACCUUCCUUCCACGGGUCGAGGGGACUCUUCAGGCCUCUCCACCUGGCCAUCUGACAGCCCUGCAGAUGUUUAACAGGACCUAUAAGCUCUACUCCUACAGCUACCUGGGACUGGGAUUGAUGUCAGCACGACUGGCGAUCUUAGGCGGUGUGGAGGGAAAACCUGUUAAGGAUGGAAAGGACUUGGUCAGCCCCUGUCUAUCUCCAAGUUUCAAAGGAGAGUGGGAACAUGCUGAAAUAACAUACAGGAUUUCAGGACAGAAGGCAGGGAGCCUCUAUGAGCUGUGUGCCAGCCGAGUGUCAGAAGUACUUCGAAAUAAAGUACACAGAACAGAAGAGGUGAAGCACGUGGACUUUUAUGCUUUUUCCUACUAUUAUGACCUUGCAGCCAGUGUCGGUCUCAUAGAUGCGGAGAAGGGAGGCAGCCUUGUGGUCGGGGACUUUGAGAUAGCGGCCAAGUAUGCUGACUCGGAAAAUCGACAAUGUGGAGACCAGCUGGGCUCUGGGGGCCAUUUUUCACUACAUCGACUCCCUGAACAGAGAGAAGAGUCCAGCCUUGAAGUAGCAGAACCCCAAUCUCCACUCCAACCAGUAUUCCUGGCUCCCAUCUCCAUGGACCCCUCCAUCCUGGACAUGAUUUUAUCCUUGAGGAGCCACCAUGCUGACCGAGACCCCUCCUCCUGCAGCCCUCAGAGCUACCUACCUGUGCAUCAGCCUCUGCUGUGCUGUGGGUGACCUGAGAGUGGGAACCUGACCUAGAACAGAGCCUUGCCAAUGCUUCCUUCCUGCCUGGGAUCCAGGUGGGCUGUGAGCCAGACAGAGCUAAGGGCCAUAUUGAGAUUGAGGCACACAAGACCCUGUGUCCUUCUCUCCAUCUCUGUGGCUGUGGCUGCUGUUGUCUCCGUCCCUGUGACCUAAAUCUUGCUCUGGCUCUCAGCCUCUGUUGUUUCCUCCCCAAGGACAGGCCUCCACCUGUACUGGAGAGUUUGGAGAGGUUACACAAGCUGUCCUGGCUACUCUGGGGGAGCCAAGAAAGAACCAGUGUGACCUCCAGGAGAGCAGGUCUCUUGUGUGUUUCUCUCUUCCUUGGGGGUGAGCAUAUGAUAUCACCCAGUGGUCUGCUCCCUCAGAUCUCGGAUAAUGUAAGGGUAACUGAUGGGGGAUGCUAUGGGUAAGAAGAGGGGUGGGAGAUCCCAUGUGCCCAGGUCUGCUGAGCAAGUCUGCCACAGGCAUAGCAGAGCUGAGUGUGAACUGCUAUAAGAACAUUCGUGACCGUGCUGCUGGAGCCCUCUUUGUCAUGUGAGUGCUGAGUGCUUGUGUACAAACUAUGUCUGAGCCGCUUUUUUUGAACACCAGCUCCGUAUUCCAGUGAAUGUAUUGCUGCUAUGAGCCAUUUGCAGACAAACAGGGAAGGGUAAGAAGACACCGUUCCAGAACCAUCCUCUUGCAGCCCUUGUGCUGUCUUGGACUACAAUCCAUCUUCUGAGGUGAACCUGCCCUCCUCAAUGGGCCUGGGUCAUAGCUGACACUUGAGCAUCGUUUGUGUCCCAGUGCCUGUGUCCACCAGGGUUUCUUCUAUGAAUGUGCAGUACAUGGAAUAAACUCAAUCUGUGUUCCGCUCCAAAUAAAAG